UCAGCUGGAAAUAGUUAUGGGCCUAUAAUGAAUAGAGGGCUGGAAGCCUUUAAACAGCCACUAGUAAGUUUUAAGGACUAAAAGUUAAACGAUCUCGCUGCGUAAAAAGAACCAUCUGUUAGUUACAUGUUGUCCACCUGCAGCGUCUCACCUGAAACCCCACAGAGGCACCGGAGGGGGGCGCCACCUGACCUCCGUGUCGCUGUGUGCGUGUGAACCUCCAUCUGUCAUCUAACCUCGCUGCUGCCGUGGAGACCUGAACACUAAGGAGCCCGGGACCCGGUGAGUGCGGAGUUCUGGUUCUGUUGGAUCCGCAGCUGUUGGACUUGGGUCUUAUUGUCUGGCUGUCUGAGGGAGGCGGAGGAGGAGGAGAAGGAGGAGGAGUAGGAGACGCUGCGGGGUUCCGGGGGGUGCUGCCCUCCUCUGGUCCUCCUUCCCCGGCUCCUGCAGCCUGACACCGAGCCAUGCCGAGCCGACAGAAGCAGAUCCUCUUCUCGGUCUCCGGGCUCUUCGGCCUCUCCUGCGCGCUGACGGCCGCGGUGGCCACCGGGCUGCCGUUCUGGGUCAGCGGGACCGUGCUGUGCCGGACCGGGGCCGAGCUGGUCAACGCCACCGGAGCCGAACUGGACAAGUUCCUGGGAGACCUGAGCUACGGGCUGUUCCAGGGAGUGCGGGUGAAGCAGUGCGGGCUGGGAGGCAGACCGUCCCGGUUCUCAUUCUUCCCGGACCUGCUGAGCGCCAUUCCAGCGGGCCUCCAUAUCGCCGUCAUCUUCUUCUGUGGUGUCGUGAUCCUCUUCUCCUCGGUGGCCACCGGCUUCUUCUUCUUCAACGCCUUCGGCAGACCGUACGAGACGCUGCAGGGCCCCAUGGGACUUUACCUGUGGACCUUCAUCUGCUGUCUGUGCAGCUGCCUGGUGAUGAUUCUGUUUGCGUCGGAGGUGAAGCUCCAUCAUCUCUCCAGCCGGAUCUCCAACUUCAACGAGGUGAACUUUGUCUUUCAGACGUACAGCGAGCGCUACGACCGAUCCUUCUGGCUCUUCUUCCUCGUCUUCCUCCUCCACGGGCUCAACGUCCUGCUGAUCCGACUGGCGGGAAUCCAGUUUCCCUUCCAGGAAACCAAAGAGGCGGACCUGAGCGGGGGGGCGGCCGACCUCAUGUACUGAGGGGACCUGAAGAGGGGCCGAAGCCUUUAAAGGACAAAAGGAUGAAUCUGGAUCUCAGACGCAGUGCGGCGUUUUCAUUAUAGGUUCUUUUUUAUCAGUUUUAUCUUUAAGGUUUCCAAGAAAAGCAGAAAAUAUUCCAGUUGAAGAAGAUUUAAAACAGAGGUUUUCAAAGUCUGGGACUGUCCCCCCUGACAAAGCUUAGGAAAAAAGCACCACCAACCCCCCAUUAAGGCCAAUUCAUACUCCUACAGCGAUUCUGACUCUGGGAAAUAACCCCCCAAACUAAUGUCUCUCUGACUCUUCAUCCAGAUCACAUACUUUAGGAUGUUCUGUGUGACCUCCUUUCGAUAGCCAAUGAAAUAUAUAUCCUCUGAGCCCCCCCUGAACCAGCCUGGACCCCCCAGAGGAGGCCCUCCUCCCACUUUAACAACCUCUGUUUUAAAAGAUUACAGCAUCAGCUCAGCUCUCGAUCAGUCCGUCAGAUAUUUAGUAAUAUAAAUGUGAUCAUAUUGAAAGUCACUUUGUCGUUGUUCUCUGCUUUUUAUUAACUGAUGUCCUUUAUAAACUUUUAUUAACUUGAACGUGAAGGUUCGACACAGACAGAUUUUAUUCACCGUGAGUUUGUAUGUUUGCUAAGUGUUUGUGGUCAGGUGGCUGUAGAUGAAGGUAAACUGCCGUCAGCUCAAAUGAUCUUUGAUUCAGUCGAGUGAACGAUGUUGAGACAAAGUGUCAAGAGAUA